AUGGUUAUUGACCACUAUGAGAAUCCAAGAAACGUUGGUUCGCUCAAUAAGAGCGAUGAGAAUGUUGGGACUGGCUUGGUUGGAGCCCCUGCCUGUGGCGAUGUUAUGAAGUUACAGAUUAAAGUGGACGAUAAUGGCAAAAUUGUGGAUGCAAGAUUCAAAACCUUUGGUUGCGGAUCAGCCAUCGCCUCUAGUUCUCUAGCGACUGAAUGGAUCAAAGGAAAAUCGAUUGAUGACGCAAAGAAGAUUAGAAAUUCUGAUAUUGCAAAAGAACUAUCUUUACCACCAGUGAAGUUACACUGUUCAAUGCUUGCGGAAGAUGCUAUCAGAGCUGCGAUUAAAGAUUACAAAGUCAAGAAAGAAAGCAAAAGUAGUGAAGCUGUCGCUGCUAAUUAA